AUGUGGAUAGGGCUGCAGGAGCAGCUCUCAUCAGGACUCCACCCAUUGUGCCUGGAUCACAAGUUUCUGGCCACACCCUCUGUUAUUUCACACUUUUCUCUGACCAAUGGGAUGCCAGACUUGGGGCCACACCCAUAUCCUCUGCUGCCUAAUAGCCCUGGUAUUCCCUCUGUUGGCUUACACCACUCCCAGCCGUUGAGGGAGGUGGAGGUGGCCGAGUGGUGUCAGCGAAAAUCAAUUUCAGACCGCCUGGGAAUGUGGCGAUUCUGUCUUGCCUGCUGCCCCAGGGCUCGAAGGUCUGAACAAUCGAGAGAAAAUGAAACAGCUGCAGCAAAUCAACGACGGCAAGAAAACCAGCAGAAUUGUCCUGCAAGUGCACCUGCACAAUUGAACACAAAGAAGAAACCGAUCAAGGGCGAUCAUCCCAAGAGAAACACCACUGGGUAUGGUCAAUCAACUGAGCCUACUGCCAAAAAGCACGCCUCCCCUGAGCCUGUCCUGCCUUUGUGCAGCUGGAGACCUUCCUCCAGGGUGGAGAGUCUCACAGCUCCCAAGAACACCGAGGAGCUGCAGAGGCACUACCAACACCUGCUGCUUACCCUGCACUCCAGAAAGUUACGAAACCAACAGCUCUCCAGUGAGCUCCACCAACUGAAGAAAGAAAAGAAACACCUGCAGCAUGAACACCGAAGAGAGAAUUGCAGGAGAGCCCAAGAGAACGAGGCACUGCAAACAGAAUUGGAAGCUCACAAGCUAGCCAUACAGAUGUUGGUUUCUGAAGAACCCAAUUUACGCUGUGCCCUGGCUCGCAUCCAGCUGGUGGUUAAGGAGAAACUAAGGGAGCAGGAAGGCUCAUUUAGUCACCACCCACCACGCCACCAGCGGGCUGCACAGCAGCAUGUUGGACAGCAAGAGAUAGCAUUGUCCCCAGUCACCACCCAACGGGUUGACACUCAAAAAAAGAAGCUCCAGCUCCUGGAAGACCAGGAGAAGAGCAGAAUUUCUGAUUUGGAGGAAAUCAACAGCGAAUUACAAAGGAAACUGGAAGUCCUCUGGACCCAAAAGCUCAACAUGCAGAGCAGAAUUCAGAAGCUGCAAAAGGCAUCAGAGGAGCGGGCAGUGCUGAAACGGCAAGUGGACAACCUGAGAAGGGUGGUGAAGACCAUGAGGUCAGAAAGGGACAACGUUGCCAUGUCCCUGAGGAGGGAGAGUGCCCUGUGGGAGGACAUGGUUAGAGAACACCUGGCAGAGCUGCAGCCCCCUGCAGGACCAGCUCAGGCUGCGCAGCAGCUGCAGACCCAGGCCUUGCAGAUGCAGGACGAGUUAAAGGACCUGAAGCAACAGCUGCAAUCUCAACUGCAGGAAAACCACAGCCUCCGUCUCCAGAACCUGGAGCAACAGGAGCGGCUGUGGAGACUGGAACAGGCAGCCGAGGAAGCCAUUCCUAGGCCUGCCAAGGAUCGGGACACGGAGACCGCGACAUGCACACAUGUGCAAGACAGAGAGAUGCAAGACCAGCUGGCCCAGCUGCACGACGCUGCCUACCGGCUGAGCGCUGAGAAGGAGGAGCUCGCCAGCGCCCUGAGCGCAGAGCAAAUCCUGAAGAAACAGCUGCAGGAGAAGCUGGAGCAGCAGGAGAAGGAUUUCCAGAAAUGGAAAGAGGUGGCGAAGAGAGCGAGCCAGGAAGCUCAGGAGCUGCAGGAGCUGCAGGGCCAAUACCGGACACAGCUGCAGGAACUCAGAGCCACCUGCGAUCAGCACACAGCCUCCAAUCGGCAGCUGAGCUCAGAAAAGGAGGCCCUGCAGGAGCACCUGCAGAGGCAGACCCAGCUGCUGGAGCAGCUGAAGCAGGAGCAAAUACAGAGCACGUUGCUGGCCCAGACAGAAAGGGAACAGUUGCAGGACACUCUCCAAUGCCUGGAAGCAGCAUGGCAGCAGAACGAGCAACUGCAGGCCAAGCUGAGCGUCCUGGGUUCCCCUCCAGAAGGCCAAGGAGUGAGUAAUGCGGAAGAAAGGGGGGAGGAGGCAACCCCACUCGACGUGACCGUCCCUGACGAUGUAGAGAGCCCUCAAGUAAUGAGGGAUUUUUAUCAAAAUGCACUCUCAGCUGCUGAAGCCAAAGAGGUAAAACUCCGCCAGCAGCUGCUGGAGCAGCAGAGGAAGCAGGACACACAGGUGCCCAAGAGGGAGCUGCAAAUCUGCUUCAGCCCCGACCUGCCUGACAAGGUGGACUUCCAGAGUGCAGCAGAUGGCCUGCAACAGCGAUGCAGCCGGCUGUCAGAGCACAUCGCCGCCAUCGAAAACUCCCUCAUUGCCUGCAGAGAGCAGAUAGAAACCCUGGAGACCCUGCAUCAAGAGAAAUGGGAGCAAGUCGAUCUACUGUCCCAGGAGAAACAAAAGAAGAAGCAGGAGCUGCAGGAGUUGCUGUUGCAGCUUGCAGGUAAAGUCGUGACAUGCCAGGACAAGAUGCAGGGAGACACCGAGCCCCCUGCUGCUGACACCACUUCAGACUUGGCAGGCCCCAUGAAGACUGAAUGUAGCAAGGAGGAUGAUGGUAGCAAGGAUUAUGACGUGGAACCAUCCACAGUAGAGGCUGAGGUGCCGUGCCCCCUAGAGCCGUCCACCACACAGCUUGGGGGCAUGGGCAAUGAACGCCCCAUCACCUUCUGGUGCAAACUGAAGAACAUGAUGAAUAUCCAAUAA